AUGUCGGCAACCGAAGUUCGAGUUGGUGGUUCAGGUGGAACCAUGAAGGCGGUCAACUACCAAGGGGCCUUCAAGGUCAAGGUGGAGGAUGUCCCGAAGCCUACGAUCGAGCACCCCGAUGAUGUUAUUGUCAAGGUGACCACUGCCGCUAUCUGCGGGUCCGACUUGCACAUGUAUGAAGGACGUACCGGUGCCCAGCCUGGUAUCACAUUUGGGCACGAGAACAUGGGAGUUGUGGAUGAAGUCGGCUCUGGGGUUACUCUGCUGAAGAAAGGCGACCGAGUUGUGAUGCCCUUCAACGUUGCCGAUGGACGAUGCCGUAACUGCGAGGAAGGAAAGACCGCCUUCUGCACUGGUGUCAACCCUGGCUUCGCGGGCGGCGCCUACGGCUAUGUGGCCAUGGGCCCUUACAGAGGUGGGCAAGCCCAAUAUAUCCGCAUUCCCUAUGCAGACUUCAAUGCUUUGAAAUUGCCCCCUGGGACCGAGCAUGAGCAGGAUUUCAUCCUUCUAGCCGACAUCUUCCCGACGGGAUGGCACGGUGUCUCUCUCAGCGGGUUCAAGCCUGGAGAGAGCAUCGCCGUCUGGGGUGCGGGCCCUGUCGGUUUAAUGGCGGCAUACUCGGCUCAACUUAGAGGUGCAAGCCGUGUCUUUGUGGUUGAUAGAGUUCCCGAGCGGUUGGGAGCAGCAGAGAAGAUUGGGUGUAUACCCAUUGACUUCAGCAAGGGUGACGCGGUGGACCAAAUCCUCGAGAAGAACGGCGGGAUGGUGGAUCGAGCGGUAGACGCCGUCGGGUACCAGGCCGUUGAUACUGGUGGGAAGAAGGAGCAGCCCAACAUUGUGCUGGAGAACAUGAUCCGGGCAACCAGGCCAUGCGGUGGACUGGGCAUUCCAGGUCUUUAUGUGCCCACAGACCCAGGCGCGCCUGAUGAAGCAAGUGGCAAGGGCAUGAUCAGCAUGAGUUUUGGCAAGUUGUUUGAAAAGGGUCUUUCUCUGGCCACUGGCCAGUGUAAUGUCAAGCAGUACAAUCGCUAUUUGCGCGACCUCAUCAUCGCGGGAAAAGCGAAGCCCUCUUUCGUUGUCAGUCAUGAGAUUGCCAUCGACGAGGCGGAAGUGGCAUACGACAAGUUUGACAAGAGGGUUGACGGAUAUACCAAGGUCUUGAUCCAUCCUAAUGGGCCAUUGUGA